AUGCCGUCGUCGCCCUUACUGACUUCUUUGUCGCAUCACGUAGCCCCGUCCCAAAAGACGUUGCCAGACCUGCAGGACCCGCUGAAAUUCUCUCCUCGUUCAGCCUCACGACUCAACAGCUUCGACUUCGACGAUGAUAGCGAUGGGUGGGAGACCAUAGGCCCCCUGAGACCCCUAAUCGUCGACCCCUCCGCCUCCGCGACGAGCCGUGCCAUUGCCCACUCGCGCGAAUCCUCCCUCGAGAAGCUCCAGUCCGGCGGCCUCGCAGGCCUCGCAGGCAUACCCGAAUCGCCGCGAUCAGCCUCCUCGUCAAGAUCUGCUGGCCUUCGAUCGCCCACAUCGCGUCAGGGCCUUGGCGGAAUACUCGACCGUCUUGCAGACCAGAAAACGGGCGCAUAUGGACACCACCGCCAGACAUCCAUCGUUCAUGGCAUUCAACACUCGCGGAAUGGAAGCCUUAGUUCCUCUUCGAGUCCCCUCAGCCCCCAGAUGAUCGCGGCAGUUGGUGCCGGCAUGCCACCAGAACGACCGGAAAUGCCUACGAUGCCCAGCAUGGUUCGCCAGGACUCGGACUUGUCCACGGGCUCGCGCCCGCCGACUGCCAUGUCGGGCACGACGGCCAAUACAACUUCUCAACCGCUGGAGAGGACAUUGUCAGUCUCGGAAAGCGGCGCCAACACCUUGACCCAGAGGAGGGUGGUGCGCACGCACAGCAGGGCCCGGCGCGAUCAUGCACAUCAGCAGUCGCACUCGUCGAGACAUCACAAGGAUGAGCAGAAGACUGUCGGAGAAUAUGCAUUGCAUGUGUUGUUUACUUCUUUUAUUGCGCAUGCUGAGGAAAAGCUCAAUGAGUGUAUCACCGUGCCUUUCGACCCCGAGCCGCCGAUCGAGCAGAUAUGCGGUCCCGGUGCCGACCCAGCCUUUGAUCAAUUUAUCGUCGCCCUCGGACACAUUGCAAGCCCCAAACCCAAGUCGUUGAUAGACUCUAUAAUGCUCUGGAGGAAAUACAAAAGCGAAGCAGCGAACGAGGCACGGAGUCAGCUGCAACAGUUAAGGACCAACUUCCCCAGUGCAGCUCUUGUGAGGCGGAAUACCGAACCCUUACAAAUGAUGACGGGUAACGGGUCGUCAGAAGCCAGCACGACCAACGGGCCAACAUCCCUUGCCGCCAAGCAGGAAUACGUAGCUCAAGCAGAGCGCCGGUCUAUUGUAUCCAUCUACAUCCUGUGCCGGGUACUCCUGGAGGUCAUUUCACAGAGCAAUCUGAGUUGUAUCACUCCCGAGAUGGAGGAUAAGCUUGAGGGCAUCAUAUUUGGUCAACUGAAGAUUGCAGACGUCGAACAGCUGUACGUGUCGCCUCUCAAGUUGGCCAACUGGAACCUAUUCUCGCAGCUGCUGGGUGCCAUGAGCGAGAUAAACUUUGCCAGUGUCUCCGACCGCUUCAUUGUUGAUCUCGAGCGAUCUCUGCAGGAUCUGGGUGCCAGGAGUCCGACGACACCAAACAGAGACCCAGAGGGACAAGUCGAGCUAGUCUUGGGAGGUAUGAAGUACCUGCGCAUCAAGAUCGAUACAGAUGAGAAUUGGCACCAGGCUUGCGAUUUUCUCGUGUCGCUGGGUCGGCUCUUUGCGCGGUCUCACGGCCAGAAGGUGAAGUCGGCGUUUUGUCAAAUUCUUGAUACCCUCAUUAUUCCAAUCGCUGCCAAGGCCACCAACAAUCACUUCACAUAUCCCAGGUGGGCUGAAGUACUCAGCAACAUCAGCCCGCGCCUAGCCUCUAUGUUUGUCAAGCCGCGACAUUGGUCAGCAGCAUUUCCGUUGACCUCGACGAUGCUAUGUGUAUCUCCCCCGGAGAAUUCGAGCAAUCAAUGGCUUCAGUUGGUGCGGACGCUCCAGCCUCGGUUGAAGGACCGGACGGUGAGACCACUUUGCCUGCAGGCCAUUUCUAGACUGCUCUGGACGUAUCUGUAUCGAACCAACGAUUCAUCGAUUGCAGUAACGAGAAAACUGGACGAGGUCAUGCAACUCGUCUUGCCAACUACCAAGCGCACGUUUUCUGCCGCAGACACCGCUUCGAGCGGCCCUCUGAUCCAGAUCAUCAGGAUCAUUGGGUAUCGGUACCCUGAAUUUUGUUGCAAGAAUGUCAUUUUCCCGUUGAUCAAUGCUGAGCUAUUUAAUUCUAAUAAGGAGCUGAAAGUCGAGCAGCUUGAACCUGACAGGAUGGUCAUUGGGAUACGCGCUUUCCUCGUCAUAAUGGCUGACCUCGAAAAGGGGGAGCUCGGCCGGCCCCCCUUCCCACAACAGUAUUCAAUACCCUCUAACUCCGACCGCGUGCCCCCUAAUUCACCAGCGUCAACUUCAACCCAAAGCCCUUCCUUGGGAACUCCUUUGAUGCCCCAUCCUGACGAGUCUCUGUCACGGCCGGUUCAGCUCGGCGCAUUGGGCGAUGGCGCCCGAGACUAUUACAAGAAAUUUUCGGAAAUCCUGGGUAAAAUAACGAUCAUCUGUGACAACACGUUCGGAGGCCAAGCCGCUCUCGAUGAAAAGUUCAGCAGCCCCGGCCCGAAGACGCCUAUUGCCGAAACUUUCAAUUUCUCAAGACGCGACGACCACCAAAGUCCCGCUGACCAGAAGCAAGCGUUCUACGAACUUUUGCAUGUUGCAGUGCAGGCAUUGCCUCGCUGUUUGUCCGCCGACAUUCCCUUCAACUCGCUCAUCAAUCUACUCUGUACAGGAACGGCGCAUGUCCAGUGGAAUAUUGCUCAGUCGUCGGCUCAGUCGCUCAAGUCUAUUGCCAAACAGUCUCAUGCACAUCAAGUGACGAUGGGCUUUGCACGAUUCAUCUUCAACUUUGACGACCGCUAUUCCACCAUGUCUGACGGUGGCAUGCUCGGGCCCGGCCACAUUGAAAACACGCUGCGGCUCUAUGUAGAGCUAUUACAAAUAUGGCGGGACGAGAUCAGGCAGAAAACGAAGGACGCUGCAACUGACCCGACUGAAAUCAGCGGGAAUGACAAACGGGGCAUGAAGCUUGAUUUGUCCAGUAUAUGGGCUGAGGUUGAGCAUGUCGAAGCCCGCGGCCUGUUCUUUCUGUGUUCACAAUCGCGAAGAGUGAGGUACUACGCAAUCACUGUUCUCCGACUAAUUGUUGAGUUCGACACGGCAUUGGGCAAGGAUCGCACCCAAGAAAAGGAUAACUUCCGCCUCAUUGACAUAUUGGAGAACGACUCGGUCCAAGUCAUGAGUUUCAAGGAUGAACACCUGUCGGUGGCGGAACGAAGCCGACUGCAGAGGGGAAUGCAGAACAGCAACAACAAGGGAGCCCUGAUCGACCUCUGCACGAGUGACGUCUCGUAUGAUACAACUCUUUGGUUCAAAAUAUUUCCUAAUCUGAUACGGAUCGCAUACGAUCGGUGUCCAUUUACCGUCACCAUUGGCCGUGAUCUGAUCUGCAAUAGAAUAUUGCAGAUGUACAAGGCCAUCCUUCAGUUGUCGGAGCCCAGUAGGGGCCUGUACUACGGGUCUGAUCCCAACAGCGCCCGGUUUACUGGGAGGACGCCAACGACACAACCAGAAGUUCUCGUCGAGCAAUGGAAGCUGUAUCUGACUUUCGCCUGCACGACCCUAGCCGAUCCAGGAAGCGCAAUGAAUGGGGUGUUGCCAGGCAGUCAACAUCUGCGAAAGGGAUCCAAGUCUACCGAUAAGAUCGUCUCGGCAAGGAUCCUCUUCAAGUACCUCAUCCCGUUGCUGUCGGUAUCUUCGGCAUCCGUUCGCGAGGCCGUCGUGUUGUCUAUGGGCUCGGUCAACAUCAACAUCUACCGGACAUUGCUGGAGGAACUGCAAGGGCAGGUAUCCCGGUGCAAUGACGAGGCUCGACACAGGCUACACCAACGUUCUAACAGCGGGCCGCGUCGCAAUCGGAAGAUGGAUCUCUUAUGGACCGAGCUCACUCAUGUAUACAAACUGACCUCCCAUUUCCUUAAAGACCCCGAGGCUUGCCAAGACGAUUGGAUCCUUAACAAUCUCUGCGUCUAUACCAAAGACUUGAAGCUCUUCUUGAUGGACGGUGAAGUGCAAAUGGACUGGGAGUUCCAGAAACUGCGAAGACAUUACUGUGGCCUAAUGGAAGAGCUCUUUGAGGGUAUAAAUCGCACCAAAGAUCCAUCGCGCUGGAUGACAUUCGAGUCGCGGAAGUCCUCAUUUGCCCUGAUGGAAGACUGGUGUGGGUUCUCACCCAAUCAGCAGCAGAUUCGCCAGAGAGAAGACACCAUGAGGCAAUCUCUAAUUGAUCAACAGUCUCUUGGCGAGCGAGGGACGGCCACAGCCGCCAUGGAAAUAGAAAAGAGAAACCUGGGGACUGCCGCACUCAGCGCCAUGGCAGCCCUUUGCGCCGGACCAGUCAGUGUGACCACGGAGAGCGGAGUUGUCUUGCAGUUCGACGUACGGCGCAUGCUCGCCUGGAUAGAAACAAUAUUUAACUCUGGGAGUGACCGUAUCAACGUUAUCGGCCGGCGAGCGUUGAAGAACUUGAUCAUCUACAAUCAGGGGUAUCCAUAUCUGUUGGAGCAUUGCAUAGCGCGGUGCUAUCUAGCGGAGGCGCCCAAGGUUCUAGAAAGCUAUUUCGCGGUGAUCACAGAAGUUCUCCUCGAACGCAUUGAUUAUCCUUCGCAGUUUUGGAAAUUGCUGGCGUUGUGCUUGUUCACCCUCGGAAACGAUCAAAGCGACAUCCGAUCCAAGUCAGCACGCGUUCUCAGGGCGUUGGAAGAGAGGCAGCAGACCGCCCGCAACUCCAAGAUUCAAGAUUUUGACAUCAGCAUCUCGGACAAGACCAAGGCUGUCUACAAGCUGGCUCAGUUCGAGAUCUCCAAGCGGCUCGCCAAGCAACACCCCGAGGUUGCCUUUCAUAUCUUCUCUGAAUUCACCCUUUACUUCAAGAGCCUAGAACCAUUUUCGCAAAGGAAUGCCGUGGCCGUCAUCUUGCCGUGGAUCCAGACUAUUGAGUUGAAAGUUGAUCCGAACGGUGGUCCUAUAGCACAGUCCUAUGUGCUUCUCGCCAAUCUGCUCGAAAUCACCAUCAAGUCGAGCGCCGCGUUGCACAAUGAGGUUCAAGCCCUAUGGCAAGCUCUCGCAACUGGGCCCCAUCCUGGGAAUGUCCGACUUGUACUGGACUUUAUCAUAUCGUUGUGUUUGGAGCGGAGAGAGCAAAACUUCGUCGAGUAUGCCAAGCAAAUCGUGGUGUUCUUGUCGAGCACCCCUAGCACACCGGGUAUCAAGGUUGUCGAGUUUCUCUUGAUGCAAAUCAGCCCGAAAGCUAUGGUUCCGAAUGAGAAGAGGGAGAUCGUACCACCACCUCCGGAUAUCAACCAGCUUCCCUACUGUGCCGAUUUAUCAGAAGCACUGCCUGUCGGUACCAAGCAGGCAGGCUUUUCUCUCGGACAAUUGUCCCUGAUAUUGUUGGUCGACUUGAUGGUCGCACCCGUGCAACUGUCAGGGGAGAACUUGCCAGUCCUGUUGCAAGUUGUGACGGUGUUGUGGGACCACUAUACGCCUCUGGUGCAAGAGCAGGCUCGCGAGAUGCUUGUCCAUCUAAUCCACGAACUCGUCAUCUCGAAAAUGGACGAUGCGACACCGGUAGAGACCAAGAGCUCCAUCGAGGAUGUGAUUGAGGCAAUCCGUUGCCAUGACCGCUCUGUCGUCUGGAGCUACGAAGACAGCAACGGCAAAGUCGAUGACCGUGACAGCAAGGUCCCGCACAGCAUGGAGUACCUUACUGCAGAGGUGGUGAAGACUUUCGAGGUCACCUUUCCGGGGAUCAAGGAGCAGUGGAGCCGCCUCUCACUAACUUGGGCGACCUCAUGUCCAGUUCGGCAUUUGGCGUGCCGCUCUUUUCAGAUCUUCCGUUGCAUCCUAACUUCAGUAGACCAACUGAUGCUGGGCGACAUGCUUGCACGCUUGUCAAAUACAAUCGCGGAUGAGGACACCGAGAUUCAGACGUUCUCCAUGGAGAUUUUGACGACACUGAAAACCCUGGUUGCGAAGCUGGAGCCGGAGAAGCUUCUGUCCUAUCCACAACUGUUUUGGACAACGUGUGCAUGCUUGGAAUCGAUCAACGAACUCGAAUUCCUUGAGGCAAUCGAGAUGCUUGAUAUAUUCCUUGACAAGCUUGACUUCCACUCGCCGAACAUUCGACAGGCCCUUUUGGAUGGUCAGCCUCCCCGAUGGGAUGGUGUCUUUGAAGGCAUCCAGCCUUUACUAUACAAGGGUCUGAGAUCGUCAAUCUGCCUUCAGCCGACGCUUAAUUCGAUAGAGAAACUUGUCCAAUUACCGAGCGAUGCCCUCAUUGGCAGCGAUGACAGGCUCUUCUUUGCAAUUCUCGCGAAUUUCCCGCAGUUGUUGCAGGCAAUGGAGCAGGGCUUCACCGACGAUGGAACUUUGCAAACAGCUGGAAUUCUGCUUGAGGUGGCAGAGGCCCAGGGGCUCUCGGCGAUCUGCGAAUCCUUGAGUGAUUUUAUAGACUCGCGAUAUCAGUCGAGCAGGGCGCUGAUGGUUGAGCUCUUCGCAGCUCUGCGCGAAUUCUAUCUCCCACAGCUGGACUUCAAGAUGAUCACCAUGCUGAUGGGAUUCCUUACGAACAGCUUGUCGUCGGUCAAGAUAAUGACGAUGCGGUUACUCUGUGUCAUCAUCCCCGAGACUGAGAUGCGGAAACCCGAGAUUGCCGGCCAUGGCUCUGAUCUGCUAUCUCCACUCCUCCGACUGCUCCAAACCGAGUUCUGUAUGGAAGCACUGGUUGUGCUUGACAAUGUUGUUGCAGUGUCAGGAUCGUCGAUGGACAAGCACCAUCUCCGAAUGAGCAUGACCCGCUCCUCGUCGAAAGCGAUCCGGAAAGAAUAUGAGCGGACCCAGAGCCUGUUCGGUAUCCCCGAGGAGUCUGGAUGGGCGAUCCCAGUUCCGGCGAAGAAGACUGACGCCACCCGCGCCAACAUCCAUGCAGCAUUCUACAUGUGCCAGGCAGAUGCGGAGGAUGGCAUACCCACAGACCCAACCCCAACCCCUGAAGUUGAGUUCCAUGCCGAUCAUGACUACCGCUACGGCUAUUUUGAGAUGCCCGAGCGAACAGAAACCAUGAUGUCGGAUGAAGCCCGCGGCGAGGGCCACAUGGGCGAUUUGGUCAUGAAGCUCGACAGCCUGGACGACUUCUUUGACGACAUGUCGCAGACCUCGCCGAGCGAGGCCCGGUCAUCGAGGACCGUGACAGAGUUCACUGCCGAAGGCUAUGAGUCCGGCGCACGGCUCUACGAUGACGUGCUACCCAUUUUACACCAGGCGUCGACCAAUACCUCGUUCCACAACGGCUUCGUAGACCGCCUCCCGGUGCCGAGGGAAACCAACACAAACACGAUGAACCCAGCCGCAUUCAACCCAGAAAUCGCGACGCGGCCAGCCCUGCACUCGCGCUCCAUCACGUUGCCCUCGGCCCCGGGGUCGUAUCAGACGAACCUCGCCGAGUUCACGUCAGACGACGAGCUGACCGAGGACGUCUUCUCGGACGGCGACGACGAUGGCGUGCACGUUGGGCGGCGGGGUCCCGGGAGCGUCGACAGGGGUGGUGGACACAUGGCGACGGCGUCGGGCACCGCCGGCGAGAGCUCGUUCUUCCUCGAGAACAUGAUCAGGCCGAUCGCGCAGUCGACACGCACGCACAUGCGUCGGCUGACGGGCGGUCGGUCGCGCGACGCUGAGAGGCAGCGCGAGCUGUUCCGCGCCGGCGUGCCCUCGCCGCAGGUGCCUAAGGUGCCGUCAUCAUUCCUGACGCAGACACAAACGCAGAUGCAGACAAAACCCACCACGUCGCCAGGGGAUAUGCUGUGA